UCAGUAGGUAAAGAUCGUUGGACGUAGUUGGAACUUGUCACAGUAAAAUAAAACAAAAAUAAAAAUUGAAUUUAUUUUUAAAUAAAUUUCGAAAUCAAAAUAAAAACACUGCUGUUGUUUUGGAUUUAGAAAACAAACAAACAAAUAAACACACACACCAAAUAAAAAACGAAAAUAAAAAUAAAAAUCAUGUCAUCUAUGAAGUAUUUAUUGGCUUUCGCAAUUAUGGCCACUUUGGCUUGCUCGGCUUUUGCCAUCCACUGCUACCAGUGCGAAUCUUUGUCAAAUCCAAAAUGUGGUGAACAUUUCGAGGCUGACGAUGCUUUGAAAUUCGAUUGUGCUCGCAUUUCCCCACCCCGUUUCUUGCAGAAUUUCCUACCCGUGCGCAAUGCUACUGGUUGCAUGAAGAAAACCCUAGAAGCCGUUAGCGGUCAUCCACAAAUUGUACGCACUUGUUAUUUUGGUGAAAUUUCCAAUACCCAAGGUGGCUGCUCAGCCGAUCCUUCAUUGCCUUUUGUAAAACAAUUGUCCUGUGAUGUCUGCUCUGGUGAUUUGUGUAAUGGUUCCUCAUCAAUGGCCCCCAUUGCCUUGACCAUUUUGGCCUUCUUUGCUUUGGCUCGCAUAUUCUCUUAAGUCUCUAAAUUACUAAAUGAUCAAAACAAAUCAGGUUUUAUAAGCCUUAAGUAAAAAAACUCUAUAUUUUGAGAUCAUUUAAAAUAUGUAUUUUAGUACUUUUAAUGUUUAUUAUUAUUUUUCUGUUUUUGUAAGAAUUUAUUACUUAAUUAAUUAUGGAUGAAAUGUUAAAGCUUUAUUAAGAAGAACAACACAAAAAAUAUUAUGAUUUUUUUAUAAGCAAUAAAAUAAAAUACAAAUUAUUUAAACCGAAAGAAAAGAAAAAUAAGAA